CGUGUGGGUUUUUUUUUCUUGAAGGAGAGUUUUUCAAUAGACUACUAUAUGGCGUUUUUGUCAGUCUUUGAAACCACAAGAGUCACAUGACAGGGCGUUUACAAGAGAGUGGCAUUGGCACAGUAGGUUUUUGGUGUUGGUUUUAGCGUAGAGCAACGACAAGACUUGCUCAAGGUUUUAGGAUACCAACAAAUUAUCGUGUUCUUAUGUAAAGGCAAACUCGUCUGCUUUGGGAAUUAUCGCUACACGGCAAUUUAUACGGCGCCUUUGGAUUGGAUAUUAUUAUGGAAUAAGUUGCAUUAUCAAGGCAUAUGCAAGGACCACCAGUUUUAUGCGUUGGGAAUUUACUUCAUUGAAAUUAUCAGAGGAUUAACUAACAACAAAAUGGAGAACGAAGCAUAUGAGAUGGACGGGUUUGAAAAUGGACAUCGAACAAACGGAAAUCUCGCCCACGACGAAGCAAAUCAAAAUGGCUUUCAUCUAAAUGGGAAGUCUAGGGACUACGAUGGGGAAGGUGGUGCUCUGGUGUCGAAUGGGAAACCCUUGCCGCAUGCUGAGGAGAGUAGACGGUAUGAUGUGGUGAAGGAUUUGGCCCAGACCGGGAACGGACCGAAACUUGACGCACUAUUGGCGGAGUGGGAAGACCUCGGAUGGUUACGGGAUUGGAGAAACGAAGAUGGACUGACGCUAUACGCAGAUGCUAUCACAGAUGGAUACAUAGAUGUGAUCAACACGCUAAUUAGUUAUGACCUACCGAUGGGUGAUGCCCUCAUACGGGCAAUCGAAGCUGACUUCGGGGAUGCUGUGGUGGCGAUGUGUCGCUGUCUACGAAGGAGGAAGGAUCUUCGCAAGUCGAUACUCAACGGUAAAUGCGAUAAUGAUGAUUUUCAUCCAGCUAUAACACCUCUCCUUCUCGCUGCUCAACGUAACAACUUCGACGCAGUGCAGCUCCUCGUGGAGCUUGGUGCUACUAUCAUUGAACCAAGCUUGUGUCUGGGUGACGACGUAACCCUAACCCAAGCCACAUCAGCCCUCCAAAUCUACCGCGGUCUCUCCCGGCCCGCCUACAUCUUGAACACCCAGACAGACGUCUUCGGCCACGCCUUCGAGAUGAGUGCUAGGCUCCGAACCCUGAGCGUGAUGUGGGAAGACUUCGGUGCCGAGUAUGAGGAGAUGGCCAAAUCCGUUGACGUGUUUGCGGGAGAGAUGCUCGGGCAAUCUAGCUCGACUGAAGAGAUUUUGGCGUUAUUCCGCUACCACACCACCGACAAGUACCGAGACUCAAGAGGCGUGCAGCACCCACUAUCCAAGAUGUUCGAGGCGAUCAAGUAUCAACAGAAAGAGUUCAUAGCUCAUCCUCAUUCCCAGAAGGCGAUCAUUGCGCAGUUCUACCAGAAUCUUCUGAGCUGGAACGAGAAGGGUGUAAUCCACCAGAUCCUGCUCACACUUUUUGUCCUCCUGGGAUAUCCAAUCAUUUCCCUGCUCUACAUUUUCUUCCCAUUCUCGAAGGUUGUCAACUUUGCUAGACUGCCCUACGUCAUGAUGCUGAUGAAAGCUGGUUCCGGGUUCACCUUCCUAGCUAUGCUGAUUGUCGACUCUGUUCUUGAUAAAUACGACUAUCCAACCACUAUAACAGUAAUACGGUGGCUCAUAGUGGUCUGGAUCCUAGGUUUGAUGUGGUUGCAUAUGAAAGUGUGCAUGAAGAAAGGAGUGACCAAAUACUUGUCUGAUUUCGCCAAUCUACACGAGAUGGCAAUUAUCGCCCUCUUUCUAGCCAUCUUCGUCCUUCAGUGGAACGGCAGGAUACUCUUUGGAGAGAAUUUCAUAUUUACUCGUUCAAAACGUCAAGCAGUCCACAAUCCAGCAGUCCACAAUCCAGCAGUCAACAAUCCUUACGCUGAGCUACGGGACCAAGUGGCACUCACCCUCAAUGGUCUGCGUGAGAAACUUAAUGAGACUGUGGUGGUUGGUGUGAACAGGGCCGUCAUGGGUGUGCUUUCAGGCUGCGGGCCGCUAAUCACUUCGACCAACGCACCGAUACCACCACUACCUCCGAAACUCCAAGAUGCGUACGAUCUGGACCCGUACGACCCGGAAGUAGUUGCAGAGGCUUUGUUUGGAAUUGCCAUCAUGGUGUCGUUCUUGCGUCUUCUAAAUCUCCUUCUGGUCAGUGACGUCUUCGGACCACUCCGCAUUUCCCUUGGCGCCAUGACAAAUGACUUUUUGAAGUUUUUUGGAGUCUUCAUCAUAAUUUGGUUUUCAUUCGCCGUGGGCCUGCACCAGACCUUCUACUCUGCCGGGGUGGCGACUAACAGGCAGUGCCUCAGCGAAGGUGGGGACCCAGACGUAUGUUCAGAGCUGACUGGGUUUUCAUCGGUGUUUGUCAGUUUGUACAACCUUUACUGGACCCUUUUCGGGAAGAUUGGACUCGACAUUCUCGUCAUCCCGGGUCACCACGCUGUGGCUGAGAUUGUCGCUACGUUACUCUUCCUUUGUUAUCACAUCGUGGCUGUUUUGAUUCUCCUGAAUGCUCUUAUUGGUAUGCUGUCCAAUACCUACAACAGUAUAGAGGAACAAGCAGAUACUGAGUGGAAGUUCCACCGGGCAGCGGUGUGGGCAAACUACAUGCAACCCGUUGGUACUCUCCCACCACCAUUUAACUUGAUUCCUUCCCUCAAGACCAUGUACCGGAAAUUCAUUAUGAUUUACUCCAUGGGGAAAAGUGGCAGGGAAAACGAGAAAGAGUUGCAUUCGAAGAAGGAAUUGGAGGACUAUACGCGGGUUUUGAAGCUCACUUGUAGCCGGUACGUUCAAGAGAAUCUAUCGGCCUCAGCACUGAACUCUGAGGGCUUGCGGCCAAGAGAUUUACAAACCAUGAGGAACGAAGUCAAGUCAUUCAGAUUCGCGACUGAAAGCCGACUACAGCAAAUUGCUGGUUCUCUUAGCGUCUCAAAUAAGAAGUCUCUUGACCUUAGCAAGAAGCUUGAAGACCUAAUCCCAUUGGAAGACCAUACCAAGGAGGUGUUGCGCAAGUUGGACGAGGUCAUUUUGUUUACGUCAGAUCUUGGAACCGGAGCAGUCGACGUAGACGGGGAACAGAACUCCGUCAUCCUAAUGAAAGACACCAUGAUUGCGGAUCUAACAGCCCAGCUGAGUGCUCUUCGCACAGAGAAUGAAGAGAUGGUAGUUGCCCACUCAGCCCAGAAUUUAGAGCAUGAGAGACGUCAGGCGAGUCUAGGUGACACCAUCAAUAUCCUGCAAGGUCAAAGGUCAAACAUGAUGAUUAACUUGGGAGGACUGAGUGAGGACAAGGAACGACUGGAGGCCGAUGUGGAGAAACUGAAUCAAGAGGUGAUGCGACUCCAAACUAUGAUACCGGUUCCGAACGAGGAGGCGCCGACACCAGAACCGACACCAGAACCGACACCCGUACGGUUGGGCUUCGUAGCGCGGGUCAAGAAGGGCAUUGAAGUAGUUUUGAAUAGCGAGGCUGACUCAUCAAACAAAACAAAAGAAGAACAGGUCUUGUCAGGGAUCAACGAACGAGGUGCAAGCCCGGACAGUGAUGCAGUGGCUAUGCAAGGAGCGAGUCAACCUCCUAGCCAGGUAGACCAGGAACAAGUGAAAGACUUGGAUGAAUUGGAAGCAAAGCCGGACCCGGAUGAUGAUCAACGGGAAGCUGCUGCAGGGGAUACCGAUCAACCACAAAUAGGAAUUUUCAAACGUAUCACAAGCAAAAUAGAAGUAACGCUGGCCCCCAAAAAGGAACAGAAGGACCCAUCAGCAAAAACCCCGAUGCAAGAACCCGGAGCAGAUGUUGAAUUACCAAAGGAGCAGCCCGAACAGAGCUUGAGCCAAGAGGAAGUUCCAGGAUCAUGCUUAGAGUCUGGUGGUGAUCAGCAAUCAAUAACUCCCGAUGGACAGCUCGAGACGAAUGACAGAUCCGGUGGGAAACUGCCGUCGGUUGAACAGGAAGAAACUCCUGAACAACAGCAAGGUACGGAACCCGAACGGCAAGGACCGGAACCGGAGCAGUCUGAUGAAGUGGAGGUAUAAGCCGACGAAAGUCUGCAGUCCGCAGAUGUAGACGAUUCUACAAAAGAAUAGCAACAACAUGAACCGAGACAGAAUGAGGCAAGUGACAGUUCUCAGUUUGCACUUACAGAUACUGUACAUAGAGAUACACAUGAACACCAAGAUGCUUAUUAAACCGGUGUCCAGGGAAAUCUGUCCGCCGAAAAUUCUGUCCCCUAUACGGGAAGUUAAAGUGGGCUGAAGAUGAUGAUUCAAAAGAGGGCGGGCGCUACCAAAAAACAAACUAACAUGGACGAAUUUAGUGAGCGAUGUGGCACGGUGUUGAUAUAAGUAGUAAGUAGUGCAAUGAAUAAAAGUUUUACAUUUCCUUUUUUUUACUGGUCUUUAUAAUUCAGUUCAGUUCAGGGUACCUUAAACGUUAAUUAUCGUACUGUAAUAAUAUGGUGUUAUACGAUGUUUAAAUUGUUUAUUUUUAAAAUUUGUUGCUUCAUAAGUAAGCUAACAUUUUUAUUUUAGAUUAUGUAUGUUAUAUUUGUUGUUAUGUACAUUAAUUGUGAUUUUUUUGAAGGGCCAACUAAUGCUAUAACAAGUUUUAUAAAAACAAUUAAAUUACCAAUAUUUUUGUUUAUUUUGGUGUGUGGGCAUCAUUCCUUUGACCUCAAACGCAGCUAAUACUAUUUUAACGGGAUUGAUACAAUAAUUAAACCUGUUUAUCAUGUGUGUUUUUCAUCUUUUAAAUUUGAUAUUUUUAUACUAAUUUCCUUACUAUUUACCGAUCAGGAAAUAAGGCCCCUACCUCAAGGUUUUGAAAAAAUUGACAAAACAUGUACACGUUUAAUGUGGUAUAAUUCUUUAUCCGAACGUGAAACAAUAAGGCUCAUGCUGGAUGGACUAAGAACUUGUUCAGAUCAGAAUCAAUCUACUGUUAGUUGUACAUGUAUUUGCACUACUUAUCGACUACCACAGAAGGUUUUCCAGGUAAUUAGAAUUGGAAAUGCAUGUUCAACUAUCAAUUUGCAAGGUUUAACAAAACAUUGUAUGUUUUGUUCAGCAUUUAUUUUAUAAACACAUUAAUAGAUAAGUAGGAUUUUAAA